ACUAUAUACAGAGCUGCAGGGGACAUGUACAGAUUGCCAUGUAUGACGCUGGAUAUGGACUACACGAAGCGAACAACUCGCUAUGAUGCAAGCCCUCGCCGCGGUUCUGCAUCCGUUUCUUCCGCUUGUUGUGUCGUCUGCUCGUGCCUGUGGCUGCCCGGCCUAGCGCGUAGACAUGCAGCAACGACAUGUCGUUUCCCCCAUGGCGAUCAACAACAGAAGCGCCAGCGCGCCUUCCCUCUCCACCGUGCCUGCUGCCCUUCACCGUGCUUCCCCUGCGUCGCCCGUCGCAGAACCAGGCUGAGACAGGGUCCAGUCUUCAGUGCAGACGCUCGCGCGACAGCAUGAACACCCCGCAUCCACCACGACUCAGGACAGGCACCUCAACCGUCCACCGGGAAACAAGCUCUCUGCCUAGCCAUCUGUUUUCGUCUGGUCUUGACGGCGUGCGAUGAAGGCGGGAGGGCACGCGCUGCCAAACGAUCUGCACGCGGCUGAGGCGGCUACAGCAUCCACACUCCACUACGCGCUUGGGAACCUGGGCCACAAGCAAAAGUCAUGGAUGACGCCCAGCUUGCCCGCAAACACAAUGUCAGCCCCCUCGCCGCCGACACUAACAGCAGCCCCUCCUCUGCCUGUUGUCAGGAAGCGAGGCAGGCCGCCGAAGCCCCGACCCCUGGUACCCAGCAACCACCGCCGAACGACCGAGCGCGCCACAUCACUGGAGCCUCAGGCCGAGAGACAGCCAGCGUCAAGUCCAACGUCGCCCCAUCUAGCGAACAUCGUGACCCGCCAAGACAAUCCAACCCCAUCGUCCAUUACCGUCUUCCCAUCGCCGACCCCAAGCGAGGAGUCAACAAACCAUGCGUCAACACCAGCGACGUAUGGAGACGGCAACGCAGUGUCCUCGCGUGUAGAUUACUUCGACAUGGGGUCUGCACGUGCAAACAAUGCGCAAGAGAUGUCUGUGGAGACGAGGGUUAUAGAUUCGGUUGGCCGUCUGAAGAGGGCUGCAGCAGGCCAUGGCCAGCCAGCAGAAAAGCGAAAGCGCGUCGAUGGCGUUACGCGUCGACCUUCAGGCCCGUAUACCCAACACGGUGGCCCGUCAGGUCAAUUUCACAGCCGUGGCCCGUUUCUCGGGAAUCAACCGAACAGUCAAAUACCGUCGCCGCAGCCCGUGCAGGACGCAUACGUGUUGCGUUCUCAAAUCCCCGAGACAACUCCCCGAGCUCAGGACCAAUUCAGCCCCCUACAUCCUCCGUCACGAGCUGUGUCCGAAGCGCAACAGUCGUCAGCUUCUGGAUCGAACUGGUAUACUGUCCAUCAGUGCUUGACUGUCUUCGACAAAUUCCGAGCCUCCUUCACUGCCAUGCCAAAAUAUCCGCGGGAUCUGAAACGGAUGGAGGUGCUGAGAGAUGCGACGUGCAAGCAGGAUUGGGCAUAUCUGACUAUGCACCAGUAUUACUGUCUAUUCACUUAUAUGCCCACUGCUCUACCUGAAAUUCUGCGUUGUCAGCCAAAUCUGCCUCUGGCACUCCAGUCAAUGCGCAAUGUACUGGAUGUAAAUGAUCAUCUGUCACCUGCCGUUCUCCAUUUCUUCUCCAACUAUCCAUUUCCUAUGGACCAGAUUAGCACCGUCUGGCCUCAUAUGUUCGAGCGGCAGGCUCAAUCGUUUAUGCGUUUUGUCGGGUAUUCGGCGAAUUACGACCAACUCCGUAUUACUUGUGAGAGACGAAAGUGUCCACCCAAUACGCGAGAACUCGUGGAACUUGGGAUUGUAUCGACCACAUUUCAGCGGCUUCUCUUCACUGCCUUUCUUCGGCGCCUCUGGCAGGCUGUUCCGCCACAACAGCAAAUGCAGAAACAAUUUGAGGACCAAGCAGUUGAUAGAUUCGUUCAGGACCAGGCACAAUACCUCCAGCGAGAAGCUCUCCUCAUGCGCAAUCUCUCACUAGGUAACGAACCCCCUCCACGUGACCAAGGGACCGAGUUGCGUCGAUGGGACAAACAAUUCAAGCAACUAGCGGGAACAUUUGGACUUGCAUUGGAAGCUCAAGGGAGUUCGCUUACCAAUCCCCAAGAGCGCCGACAUUCACACUUACAGGCAUACCCUCAGCAGCAGCUCCAACAGCAACACCAACAGCACCAACAGAGAGUAUCAGUCAAUAACGCUCCACACGCUCCUCAUUCAGGUGAGAUGCGCACACACAUCAGCUCGGUCAACCCUCACACGGGACAAGUUCUGAUUCAGCAAAUACGAGGACAAGGUUACCCUCACCAACCGCCAUCUCGAGCACAAACACAUCAACGGCAGCGACGGACUCCAUUACCUUUACUUGCGCAUCCUGGACAGAUACUGCCACAACAGCGUCAGCCAUAUCCUGCACGCUUCAGCCUGCAUCAAGCCUACCUCAGAAGUCCUAUCCUCCAAGCUCAAAAUCUCGAAUCACCUCUAUACCACUAUGUGCACGCCUUUGCAAUACGUCCAGCACGCCUUUCUGAUGCAGGGCGGGCAAUUGAGCGAUGGACCUUCCACUUGGCACAAUCAGAGCUACAAUGUAUACCUAGGAGCGUUGCCAGCACGCUUGGUGCACCCGAAACAAGAGCUGUAGAGGAAGUUGCGAAUGCGAAGACCAUCCGUCUACGGUGCGUUAAAUGGCCGUCUGAGAACAAUCCCGACAUGCACUCCUGGACAACCACAGACACGUGCUGGAUACCGCACUCUUACUUCACAUUCAAUGAAACACAUCUGGAACAACGCAAAAAGGUACACCACGGAAAGGAUCUACCGAUCGACAUUACAAGGCUUCUUCGCGAGGGGGAGAAUGUCCUGGAGACUACGGUCACGGCCAUGUCAAACGACACAUCCUACCUUCAGUAUCUUGUAGCCAUUGAAGUUCUUGGAGUCAUGACCCACGAGUCUAUCAAACAACACAGCCUCGACAAUGUCAUACCAGCAGAAGACACGAAGAAGGACAUCCGGAAGAGGCUUUCUGGUGCGAGUAUUGACAAUGACGAUGACGAUUUCACCAUCGUAGAGAGCAAUUUGACAAUCAACCUUUUCGACCCUUUUUCUGCAUCGAGGUUUUGCGAUAUUCCCGUUCGCAGCAAAGCUUGCUCGCAUAUUGACUGCUUCGACCUUGAGACCUUUCUGCAGACACGCCGACGGAAAGGUGACGCCUCUGUGUCUGAUCAAUGGCGCUGUCCGAUAUGUAACGCUGACGCUCGUCCGCCGGAACUCGUUGUGGACGGCUUCCUUGUGGAGGUGAGGAAGGAGCUCGAAAAGCAGGGGUUGGCGACCACGCGAGCCAUCAUUGUUGACCAGGAUGGGACAUGGAAACCAAAGAAGGAGGUUCGGGACCCGAAUGGUGUACAAGAUCGAGAGACACCCGAAGCGUCGGGUACGCCAACUGCUGGAAAACCUGCGGUGCCAACGUCUAUGGAGAUUAUCGACCUCAGCGACUAAAACGAGAGACUGUGCUCAGGUACGGGAGGUGUUUUUGGUUUUACUAAUUUCUAGAAAAGGGUGUUUGGGACAAGGGCGAUGGCGUUUUGUUUUGACCACGAAUUAUACCCUGGGCUUUCGGUCUUCUAUUGGAGUCGGGCGGGUAUAUGUAUAUCUUACCUUUUAGUGCGUCUUUCUCACUCCUCACAGAGGCUGGACUUGCUCGAUAGCAGUCAUUUGGCGAUAUUACAAACUCUUGCACGAAAAAUCCUCCCUGCUCGUAGUCCACCGUGGAGUAUGUCCGGCAUGAAUUGCGUACACAUCAAUGUGUUUUUUCUGUUUUUUCCCGGACUUCGCCUAGAUGCCAGAAAUCACGGACAACGACACUCGGCUAGCAACGGUCGA